UGCUGCGAUCCUCAGGGUGCUGGUGUUUGUUUUGGGGACUAAAGAUAGGAAAGGUGAAGGAUUGAGGAGGCGAGCUCUUGGAGAACAUGUGGUUUUAGACAGAGAUCGUGACAUUCCUGGACAUGGAUUUUCCAUGAACUUGGGAUUGAUGAAGAGGAGAAAUGUUUAAGGGUCUGCUGAGAGAUGAUGUGAACGAGCUGAACUGAAGGGAAAUCAAACACAAAUCCACAGCAGGAUGUUCCAGUGGAAGAAGAAGAAGAAGAGGAGGAGGCUGGAGAUCUCCACACCGAGGAACUUCGAGCACAGGGUGCACACGUCCUUCGACCCGGUGCAGGACUGUUUCGUGGGUCUGCCGCCUCAAUGGCAAAGCCUCAUAGACACGCUCCGGAGACCCAAACCUGUGGUGGACCCCUGCAGAAUCACACAGGUGCAGCUCAAACCACAGAAGAGGAUCGUUCGCGGCAGUUUCAUCGGACAUGAGGACUACAUUUCUGCGGCGAUCGCACAGAUGAAUCGUCUCACUGUUACAAGCUCAAACUCGUUGAGGAGAACAAGCCCAUCUUUAAGGAAAAGAGCCCAGUCUCUGGGCCGUCUGGGCGAGGUAGCCGAAGGAGAGACUUACGAAUAUCAGGAGUUCAAUGAGGCCAGUCAGAGGAACAGGAACGGACAGCCGGUGUCAGACUGGAGCUCCAGAUCCAGACCGGUCCACAGCGAGAGCGGAAGCCCUCGGCCCGAAUCCAAGAACAGCUACACCAUGAACGAGUCACGACCCAGAGCCAAGUCCAUGUUCCUGGGACAGCCGAUUCUGAUGCCCCGGGACAUUCUGCUCACACCUAGAACUGCUCGUGUAGGGCCUGGUACUGAUAAAAGAGAUGUAAAACCCAACCAGAGGCCCGUAUCGUGUCUCUACAGCACCUACAGCCAAAACAAUGGAGUGAGACUGAACUCAGAUCAGCACAGAGAAGCACAGAGGAGGCCUCAGUCCACAUACAACUUCAAGGUGAAUUCACCGAGUUUCCCAGCCGUUUCGAAACCUAACGGCACUAGCAGUCCUAAACCGGGCCAUGGAAUACUCAGCCAUCCAAACACACGGCGUUCCUCCAGCGACCUGGUUUCUCCCAAUCAAACUCCAGCCACGAUCGCUCUGACGCAGGACAGCCCAUCUCAGCCCAGACCCGCUCCGACCGGCUCGCCCGCAUCCCCCAGCGGAGCCUCGUCGCCCAGCCUCAGAGCGACUCAGACGUCCGGCGGUGGCCUGGAGUCACCCGGAGUCACCCACCAGCAGUUCAGAGCUGCGCUGCAGAUGGUGGUGGACACCGGCGACCCUCGCUUGUAUCUGGAGAACUUCGUAAAGAUCGGCGAGGGCUCCACGGGCGUGGUGUGCAUCGCCCGAGAGAAGCACAGCGGGCGGCAGGUCGCCGUCAAGAUGAUGGACCUCCGGAAGCAGCAGAGGAGAGAACUGCUCUUCAAUGAAGUGGUUAUCAUGCGAGAUUACAGGCAUAAAAACGUGGUGGAGAUGUUCAAGAGUGCUCUGGUGGGUGAAGAGCUCUGGGUCAUCAUGGAGUACCUGCAGGGCGGCGCUCUGACCAACAUCGUCUCAGAAACCAGGCUAACGGAGGAGCAGAUUGCUACAGUGUGUGAAGCUGUUCUUCAGGCUCUCUGUUAUCUUCACGCUCAGGGCGUCAUUCACAGAGACAUCAAGAGCGACUCGAUCUUACUCACGCUGGACGGCCGGGUCAAACUGUCCGACUUUGGAUUCUGCGCUCAGAUCAGCAAAGACAUCCCGAAGAGGAAGUCGUUAGUCGGGACUCCGUACUGGAUGGCGCCCGAGGUGGUGUCAAAGACGCCCUACAGCACCGAGGUGGACAUGUGGUCUCUGGGGAUCAUGGUGGUGGAGAUGAUCGAUGGAGAACCUCCGUAUUUCAGCGAGACACCGAUAGCAGCGAUGAAGAGACUGCGAGAUGAGCCAGCACCGACCGCCAGAAACAUCAACAGGAUCUCUCCCGUCCUGAGGGACUUUCUGGACUCGAUGUUGACGCGUGAUCCUCUGGAGCGAGCGAGUGCCGGAGAUCUGCUCCAGCAUCCCUUCAUGCUGCAGGCCACUUCUCCUCGCUGUCUGGUGCCUCUAGUGGAGCAGUACCGCAAACGCAUGUCGCGAUGCUGACCUUUAGCACUUUAGAGACUGUGAACCUUCCCGAUCCACUGAAAAAGCCUGAGCUGGAGAACCUCAUAGAGGAGGACAGGAGCGAUUCCCUCCAGAACCAUCAUUCUGUCAGCCUUUAUUCCUCGUAUUCUAAUGCAUUUGCACAUAACCUUUGACAUUAUGUGCUGUGUGUAAUAAAGACUGUGCUGAUGGGUUAAUUAAAUCCAUAUGAUGAUCGUUAUCAAUA